ACGGCAGGAGGAAGAGGAAACAUAAAAAUGUGAACACUGCGGUGAGCCGCGAUGCGACCGGUUCGGUAUCCUCAGCCGCGACGUGACGACGGCACACCAGUGCCCCGCCAGUGGUGACGUACGCUAAACGUGUCUCUCGUUCUCUACGUUACCUGUAUACUGUUUUCGCGAGAUCUUCGAACUGCGCACGAUCAAAAUAUUUUUAAUAAAUCGUCUGUUCGUCGUUUCCUCCAUUCCGUUUUGCCCAAUAGAACAUGUGCCGCCGCCGCCGACGACGACGACGACCACGGUAGAUAAACAGAUCUGGACUGCUCUUGAUACUUUAAGGAGACCGCGGCGUACCGUUCGUCGCCGCGGACCGUCGUUGUCGCCGAUCGCACAUUUCGUAUUCCUCUGCAAUGGCUCGUGACGUGAUCGCGCACGACGUGGACUUACCGUCGUUGGAGUACGAUGACGAGGAGACUGCUUAUAUGGCCACCGAGACGCCCAGCUUUGACCCUGACGAUGCAUCGUUGGGCAGCACGUUCGUCAUACUCGACGAAGACCCCGUGUCUGACCCCGAAGAUGACUACGAUGACGUAGCCCCGUUGGUCACCGGUAGCGUAAACCGAACGCUGGCUUCUGCGACCGAUCCGUUGUCGUCGAACUCCCCUGCCGCCGGCAAGACAAAGUUUUUGGACAGGAUCAAAGAGCACAAAAGCUAUCAGAAGUUAGCGAGGAUCGUCAAGAAAAAAGGCGAAGAACCUCCAGUAAUCAUGUCACCAGAUUCGGGAAUCAAUGAAUUGCAAGGUCUUAGCCUUGAAGAGCAAGAAAAACAGAAAGAAGAAUGGCAACAAGAGUUAAACAAGGUAGAAGAAGAAAUCAAGACGCUGCGUGAAGUACUUGGAUCCAAGGUGAAAGCAUCCCAAGAGCUUAGGCGCAAGCUCGGCUAUACUGUUUGGCAAGAGAUUAGUGAAGAUGUGUCGCAAAGCUUAAGAAACGUGAAAGAGUCUAAUGUUUACCAAAAUGUAGAAGACAAAUUUACACAAAUUGGAAAAGCUGUUGUUGACGCACCUAUAUUCAACUUUUCUUUACCAGACUCCGGCGACAUGCGUACCCCAACCAGGAAUAUGGUUCUUAAACACUGUUACCAAAAUGUAGAAGGCAAGGUUAAGCAGUUUGGAACAGCAGUUGCCGAAACGCCUAUUUAUCAAAAAACUGAAUCCGUUGUUAAAACAACUGCAGAAAAAGCUACAACAAUAUUUGGAGGAUUUGGUAGUGGUCUAACUACUAAGCUCGGUCAAAUCAAAAAUUCUGAAUCAUUUCGUUCUUUCGAAGAAAAAGUGGGCUCAGCCUUGGAAAAUGUUAAGACAAAAGUGGCAUCUAGAUCCAACUCAAUGCAAAACUUUGAUGAGAUAUUGGAGGAAGAAACUCGUUUGGCUAAUGAAGAAAAACGUACACGAGAAGAACGUGAGGCAGCAACAAAAUAAAUAUUUACUUUUGUAAACUAUCUCUUUCUUGUACUUGAAUAUUUAUUAAAAUCGUGCAAUUUUGGUCACUUAAGUACAGAAUUUACCUUAAAC